AUGAAUUAUUAUGUCAUCUACAGUAUUGAGUGGGAUGGAGAUUACUGGCAGCUGAUAGACCAUCUCAGGAACAUCAGAGGAUCUGGCUCUCUACCACUGAAGCAGGAGAUCAACAGAUCUGGGCUGAUGACGAAGUCUGCACUGGAUCCUUUGACAGAAUACAGGAAUCAGGUAUUGGUGCUGAAGAUGUUCAGAUUCUGGAUUUACCUGCCUUUCCAUCUUCUCGUGGCCAUGUGUUUGUGUCAUUCUGUAAAGGUGCCCACCAGUUCCCAACACAGCUUCAAGAGUGAUCUCUUCAACUGUAAUCAUUCCCUGAUUCUUGCAGAUGGUAAGGAAACCACAGUCCACCUGUUGAAGGAUAUACCUAAAAGGUACUGUUUCAUUCUGGAGGAAGGCAGAGCCCCUGCUCCUUUCACAGUAACCGUGACACCCUGUGAUGUUCCCAUUGAAUGGAGUAUACUAGUACAUAAGGCAUCAACAAAUUUCCUUGGAAAAGCAGCACCUGAUCUCUUGGGCUGGUAUUUCCUCUUCUCUGCUCUUCAUGACAAUGUGCAACAGCAGGAAGAAUCCAGAGGUGAAAGUGAUUAUGACACUCUUGAAGCCACAAAAUCUCAGAAGAUUCCGAAGUUGGUGUCCAUGAUAUUUAACUAUAAAGGAAAUUCUGUGGAGACUUAUAUGGGUAUGUCUUCCUAUUCUGCUUUCUAUAUGCUGGAGUUCCUAUCAAUUGAACGAGACACACACACUACUGUAUACUUAACAACUGACACAACAUCUGGGCAUCUGUAUCCAGAACUCCCAAUGGAUCCACGCAUAGAUGUUAUUGGUAUUGGCCAUGCAACUGUGACUCUAGUUUGGAAACACAGCCCAUCAGUCUUGCAGCACAAAGAAAACAUCCAGUAUUGUCUUCUAGUCAAUGAAAAACACAACUACAAGAGUUUAUGUGCAGCUGAGACAGCUAUCAGAUCUUCAGGUAUGAAAUCGCCACCAGCGCUAGCUCUUUCUCUCUUUCCAUAUCUUCUAGACCAUCAACAGGUGAUGAUAUUGUCCAAUAGUGAAUUAAGUAUCAUCAACAGGGUUAGUAAUGGGGAAGUGAGACAGAUAUGCAUGGGCACUAAGAAUACUUAUACAGUGCCCAACCUUAGACCCAGCACUCAAUAUUACUUUGAUGUUUUUGUAGUCAACCUCCUCACUAAUGCAAGUGCUGCCUACACUGGAACAUUUGCAAGAACUCUUGAGGAACCUGAGCCUAAAGUUAUUGAGCUGAAGGAUGGGAAGGUAAUUCAUUUAAUCCUGGAUGGGAAAAAGCAGAAAUUCUACAGCUUGCAGUAUCAAGCUAAACAGAAGAAGAUCCAGUUCACAUUUCAAUCUUGUAGUGGCCAAGUAUGGGUUCAGAUAGCAAGGAAUGGUAAAGUACUGGCCUCAGAAAACAUUGCAGGCUUCAGACAUUUCUCACUGAAGGGAAAGCUGCUGGACACAUAUUUGGUGCAGCUAAGGUCCAUGGACCAUAUUAAUUCUUCUGUGAAAGUUCAAGUAUCCUCUCACUUUCAUAAGCCUUUCUUCCCACUUCUUCCAGAAAGCUUAAAAAUCAAGUCCUUCAGCAAACUGAGGACCUGCAAUUCAGUCACCAUUGCCUGGCUAGGAACACAAGAGCAGAGCAAGUACUGUGUGUACAAGAAAAGGAUCAAAGAGGAUCAAGUUUGGAUGGAGGUGAGGAGUGCAGACAGGUGCUCAGGGCCCAAAUCCAGACACAAGUCUGAGAAAGUGCUGUGCAAAUAUUUCUAUGAUAUAAAUCUACAACGAGCAGUCACCACACAGACCAUCAAGGGAUUGGAAGCAGGGACUCCCUACCUGUUUGAUGUUUAUCUAACUGGACCUUCUGGGAUCCCAGUCAGGUAUCACAGUAAAGUUGUGAAAACCAGGAAAAAAUGUUGA